GUCCGUGUAAACUUCACUGCAGGGGAGAAUGGGGAAGACUGUGUUUGUUACAGUGGGGACGACAAGCUUUGAUCAUCUAAUCUCCUGUGUGUCUGCAGAAGAGACUGUCACGAUUCUCAAUGGCCUUGGCUAUAAUAGACUGGUUCUUCAGAUUGGUAGGGGGACCAUAGAACCAGCGCCAUCUUGCACAUCUGACUUCUUGCUGGAAUUUUUUCGAUACAAAGAAUCUCUUGAGGAAGACAUUAAGAGUGCAGAUCUGGUAAUAAGUCAUGCAGGUGCUGGGAGCUGUUUAGAAACACUUGGGGAGGGGAAACCCCUUAUAGUUGUUAUCAAUGAACAACUAAUGUCCAAUCACCAAAUAGAACUAGCAAAGCAGCUUUAUAAAGAUGGACACCUCUUUUAUUGCACAUGCAGCACCCUUGGGAACACACUUCAGAAAAUGGACCUUUCAUCCUUGAAGUGCUUUUCUCCCGGAAGGCCAGAAAAUUUUGCUACAUUUUUAGAUAAAAUUGUGGGAAUUAAAUAAUACAAAUAAUUAUUAUAUAUAGAUGUUUUAAGAAUUAUUGUGAUUAAUGAAAGUCCUGCACUGUUUAUUUUAACAAUAAAAAAAUACACUUUUCAAACUA